AUGGCAACAUUGCCAGCUUUGUCGACAGGUUUCAAUGGAUCUAGUAACAGUGUUGGCACGAGUAACCACGGGAACUGGCAACAUGAUUUAUUAGUAAAGCUGUUGGUACGAGACCGGAGAGAGAAAGCUUUUACAGACUUUGUCGAGUCAUAUAAUUCACUUGUUCAAAAACUCGGUAAAUUUGCCGAUCAAACUGGCGCGUUGGAAAGCACGGCAAGAUCUUUAAGGGAAGAGAAUGCGAAUUUAUCAAAAGAGGUGGAAACAUUACGCGAUCAAGGGAGCCCGUUAAAUCAAAAGCGUACUGCUGAAUUAGAACAACAAAUCUAUGAGCUAAAAGAAGAGCGUGCUAAUUUGUAUAAGACACAAGGACAGAAUGCACAACGAUUAGUGGAUUUGAAUGAUGUGUUGCGAAAAUCGGAAGAUACUACAAAGAAAAACAAUGAAGAAAUUCAACAAUUGACCGAGGCAAAUACGGGCUUACUGAAGAAGGUUGAAUCACACACUAAUUCUCUGCGAGAGAAAGAUGGGACAAUACAGAUUCUGCAAGACGAAUUAGCGACGCUUCAAUUAGAAUUAGUUAAAACAGAAGAACGAAUGAAAGAUCUCGAAAAAGAAAAUAGUCAAUUACUUCAACGUUGGCUCAAGAAAAUGAAUGAUGAAGUGGAGAAAAUGAAUGAAGCAAAUCUGUUCAUUGAAAGUGGAGUUGUGAUCGUAGAGAAAGAACAUAUAAUGUCAGAACCUGCAACAAUAAGUACUAUAAGACCACGCGGAAAAAGUGUCGGUCCAGUUACGAUACCAGUCGCGGCUUUUAAAAAAUUUACAGCGCAUGAUGGCGAAAUACAAGCCAUAAAUUGUUCAACAGAUGGUAAUUUGUUUGCUACUGGAAGCAGUGAUAAGACGAUUAAAGUAUUUGAUGCAAAGACAGGGAACUUGAAACAGACUUUAUCGGGGUCACUACAGUCUGUUAUGCAUCUAUCAUUUAACAACACAAACGAUAUGAUUGCUGGUGCGUCGAAUGAUAAUUCAACUAGAAUAUGGGAUCUACGGACCGCUCGUAUAUGGCACACAUUAACCGGGCAUAUAGGAAAAGUUUAUUCCGCUAGAUUUAAUGGAGAUUCUACAAGACUGAUAACGGGCAGUCAUGAUCGAACUAUCAAGGUUUUCGAUUUGAAUAAAGGAUAUUGUAUAAAGACGAUAUUUUGUUUCUCUAGCUGCAAUGAUGUCGUCCUAUUAGAUGAGUCGGGAUCCACACUGGCAAGUGGUCAUUUGGAUAAUAAUCUACGAUUUUGGGAUGUAAGAUCAGGAAAAGAUAUCAAAGAAUUGACGGGAAUUCAUCUUGGGCAAAUUACUUCUGUGGCUGUAUCUCCUGAUGGCUCUAAAGUAAUGACAAAUUCUAGAGAUAAUACAAUUAAACUGGUUGAUCUACGGACAUAUGAAGUUGUGCAGACAUUACACGCUGACGGUUACAAGAAUGGGACAAAUUGGUCUCGAGCUUGUUAUAGUCCUGAUGGCCGAUAUGUAGCUGCAGGUUCUAUAGAUGGAACUAUAUAUUAUUGGAAUCUUUUUAAAUCUCGACUGGAAAAGACCUUAAAAGAACACAGUGCACCAAUUUGUGGUGUCGCCUGGAGUCCACAAGGUGGUCAAGUGUUUAGCGCUGACAAAGACCGAACAGUUUGUAUUUGGGCGAGUGGAUUAAGGUGA